GGCCAGCACCAGUUGAAAUGUAGUUUCGUGCUCUUUAGAACCACCGGGCUUCCGUACCGAGUUAGACAAUCGCUAGUAGCACAACCAACUGCAGCUCAGUUCCCUGAAGACGUAGACAGAAGUACUUUUAGUCAACUUCUCUUGUCACCGUUGUCUCUGCAACACAUCUCUUUUCCCGUUACGUGAUGGCAUCGUCUGCAAUGAUCACUGUCCCCACCACCGCCUCCCGGUUCGCCCUGCUCCAGAUUGACUCCGAUUCGGACUCGGAAACCUCCGAGCCGGGGAAGUCCAACACCAAACGCGGGAGGGACUCCUCCGGGAAGUCCAGACAGGGGAAAUCAGGAGCAACAACUGGAUCAGGGGGUAAAGGUGGUCAGGGUGGCGAGAAGAAGAAAGACAAGAAAAAGAAGAAGAAGGAGCAGCAGCAGAGUGAGGCGAACGAGCUGCGUAAUCUGGCCUUCAAGAAGAUUCCCCAGAAGUCCUGUGCCCCUCCGCCCUGCACGACGCUGUCAGGAAUAGCCAGUGAGCUCCUCAGCCCGGCAUCAGUGGACCACAGCUUACCUUCAGAGGGCUGGCAACAGUGGAAACAGAGAGACGAACAGAUAACCACAGAGCUGUAUGAGGCAGAUUUGGAAAAGGCCUUGAUUCUAAGUAAACUGGAGUAUGAACAACAUAAACAGCAGAGCAACACAAACGUAGCUUCUCCAAAGUCACGAGGAGGAAAAGAGGGCGGCGGGAAGAAGGACAAAAAGAAAAGUCAGCAGACAAAAGACAAAAAGACAGUUUCUCUGCAGGACUUCCAGGCUGAAGGCUCUGCUGAGCAAGUAAGUAGAAAACAAGAGGACACCAGAGGGACAAACUUAGCGCCAGGAAACAGACAGGAGGAACGUUUUUUUAACAAAGUAGAAGAUGAUAUGAGUCGGAUUAUCCAGAGGGAGAAAAGACUUGAGCAGUUUGUGAGCAGCCCGGGACAAGAAGUCAACACAUCCACAGAACAUGAACCGGAUCCCCGGGCAGAACAGCUGAAAUAUGAGCUGGAGAAAAAGGACCAGGAGAUUAAGAAACUGAAGAAGACCAUCACAGAAUGGGAGGGAAAAUACAAAGAGGUGAAAGCAAGGAAUUCCCAACUUCUUAAGAUGCUCCAACAGGGGGAGAUGAAAGACAAAGCAGAGAUUCUUCUGCAGGUAGAAGAACUGUUGCACAUCAAAGAAGAACUGUCCUCACAGGUAACAUUAUUACAUGCCGCCCUUGAACAAGAAAGAUCAAAAGUUAAAGGACUCCAAUCAGAGCAACCCAAGCAUCAGGGAAACAAGAAAGGGAAGAAAGGCUCUGAAGUGGAUCAAUGAAGAUUUCUGAAGGAAAAAGGUCUGGAGGAAUAAAAAAUGAACAGAAAGAAGAAGAAUGAACAAAUUAAAAAGCACUACUGAUUAUUAA